AGUCUAAAUUGGCUUUGAUGCCUUACUAUUAUCUGUCACUUCCGACCUAUAUUUUAAAAAAGAAAAGAUAACUCUUAUUAAUUGAAAUGAAAACAAAAAAUAUUCGUUUAGAAUUCGAAAAUAAAUUAUAGAAGGCUGAAUAAAAGCGUUAUCACAGAGUAAAGAAUGGGAAGAUCUCGAGAAAAAAGCAAGAAACACAAAAAAGACUACGAUUAUCAUAGAAAAAAGAAAAGGCAUAGGUCAGAGAGCUCAGAUUCUGACAGGUCACAUUCUUCAUCAAGGUCUCGGUCUCCUGUUAAAUCUAAGAAACAUUCAUCUAAACACAAGUCUAGACCACGAACAAGAUCUCCAUCAAGUGAUUCAAGUCCGUCUGGCUCAUCAGGCAAUAAAAGAGAUUCCUCAUCCAAACAAAUAGGAUCAAGCAAAAACAUUGAGGAGAAAAAACAAGAAAAAGCCUUAUUGAAAGCAUUGGAGACACCAGAGGAGAAAAGAGCAAGAAGAUUAGCUAAAAAGGAAGCUAAAGAAAGAAAGCGAAAGGAACAGAUGGGUUGGGAUAAAGACUAUUUGGGCUACACAAAUGUGGACAAUCCUUUUGGUGAUGAACAUCUACUGGACACAUUUGUUUGGACCAAGAAGCUGGAGAAAGAGGGCAAGAAAGACUUACAAGCAGAGGAACUUCAGGCCAUUGGCCGUUCUAAAAUGCUUCAAAAUAAAGUUGAAUUAGAGAAGGUCAAGAAAAGAAGACUUGAAAGAGAAAGAGAACAAGAGGAAAGAGAAAAAGAACGUGAAAUGUUGCAAAGAGAGAAAGAAGCUGACUAUUACAAAGAGUGGGAAAAACAAGAAGAUGGCUUUCAUCUUAGUCAAGCUAAAUUACGAUCAGAAAUAAGAAUUAAAGAUGGCAGAGCCAAACCUAUUGACUUGUUGGCUAAAUACAUCAGUGCGGAGGAUGAUGAACUUGCAGUAGAGAUGCAUGAGCCUUAUACAUAUCUUUAUGGUUUAACUAUUAGAGACCUAGAAGAUCUUCUGGAAGAUAUUAAAGUGUAUCUGGAGCUGGAAGAGGGUAAAAAUGCUGACUACUGGAGGGACAUUAUUACAGUGACGCAAGAUGAGCUUGUCAAAUUGCGGAAAUUGGAUGCUAGCAAUAAAGAGUAUAUUGGUGACAGAAGAGAUGGAAUCAAUCAAGCAGUCACUUCAGAGAUUGGCGAUAUCUUCAAAGGGAAAACCACUAACCAGCUCAAACUGUUAGAAAAACAAAUAAAGGACAAACUGAGUGGUGGAGAAGGCAUUGAUGUUGGUUAUUGGGAAUCACUGUUGCAACAGUUAAAGGCCUAUAAAGCAAGAACUAGAUUGAGGGAGAGGCACCAAGAAGUGCUGAGACAAAAAUUGUUUAAACUCAAACGAGAGCAAGGAAUAGAGUCAGGUCCUCUAUUUCCUAUCAUUAAAGAUGAGAAACAUGCACAGAGUUCGAAAGAAGCUCCAUCUACCUCCCAAUUUAAAGUACCUCAAGAUUUAGAACAACCUGGCACAUCCAAACAAUCAGAUACAGAAGAAGCUCAAGAAAAUGAGAAAGAGGAUGAGCAAGAAGAAGUGGUGAUGACAGAAGAAGACAUACAGGAACUGGAAUAUAUCAAGGCCGGCUACUCGCCACGAUUGUUCCAGCCUGAAGAUUUAACAAUUGAGUCUGUUGUUUACGAUGAACAAGAUGACUUCAAAAAGCUAGAGUUGGCUAGAAAGCAGGUUCUAACCACUGGUCAAGUCAGAAGUGACGGUGAAACAGAGUUUGAGAAAAAAGCUCGUGAAGGUAUGGACUUGGAUGAAGCUCAGUUUAGUGUAGAGUUGAAUCUGGAGCAACAGUCAUUUAUGUGGUCAGAUAAAUAUAGGCCACGCAAGCCUCGGUUCUUUAACAGAGUUCACACAGGUUUUGAAUGGAAUAAAUACAAUCAGACUCACUAUGAUAUUGACAAUCCUCCACCAAAAAUUGUUCAAGGUUACAAAUUCAAUAUUUUUUAUCCUGAUCUCAUUGACAAGGCUAAAACUCCAGAAUAUUUUGUUACUCCUCUUGAAGGAAGCAAAGACUUUGCAAUGUUAAGAUUUCAUGCAGGUCCUCCUUACGAGGACAUUGCUUUCAAGAUUGUCAAUCGUGAAUGGGAAUAUUCUUACAAACGGGGAUUCAGGUGUCAGUUCCAUAAUAAUAUCUUUCAACUGUGGUUCCAUUUCAAGCGUUACAGAUAUCGUCGAUGAUUCUACCAUCUGUUGUUGUUUUUUGUUUUUUUAUUGUAUACUAUAUAGGCCAAUGAUGAAAUCACACUUGAAAUUAAAGUUUUAUUAAAAAAAAACUUAAAAGAAAAA